UUCCCUUUCUCUUAUUUCUUUAAUCAACAUUGAGGUUAUACUGCCCCAACCCAAAUAUUGUUUCCAAAAAGGUUGAAUAGUUGAAUAAACUAAAGAGAGAUAUUAUAAAACGAGGAUUAUGAAGUCACUCAGUGCGCUCAGGUGCUAUAAAAAAACCGAGAAUGGUACCUUAAUCGAGAGGUUUCGGUAUUCCAUCUCUAGUAAACAGAUUUUCUUCGGGAACAAUAGGGAAAAGAGCACCAAAAGCGGAGGGUCUAGUUCCAGUAGCGACAGCUGCAGCAGUAGUGAUUCUGAUAAUGAAGCAACAAGGAAAAAAACAGUUCCACAAAUAAAAAGUCAGGAUACUUUGAAUAAGCUGAAUAAUUUAUUGAUGCAGCUGGUAGAACAAGAUGUAGUUGCAAAAGCCUCUGAGCUCCAACUUGCAAAGCCCACCAAUAAACGUAUGACAAAAAAUGCACAGAGGGAAGAUCCUAAACAUGAAACCAAAGAGAAACAAAUGGUAGAAGCUGCAAAACAUGUUGCUAAAGAGUUAGGUGGUAAUGUGAAUGAGACUGAAUCAGAGCUACUGAUGAAACUUCUCAAUACCAUGGAACCACAACCUGCCACACCAAGUUUAACUGACAUUGUAAAGGGUAUGAAGAUUGACAGGACAACCAAGAAUGCUCAACAAACUAGGGCUGAUCAAAUAAGAAAUAUUCUGCAAGAAGUGCACAGUAAACACAAGGGUGAGGGUACAAACACAGACAGAAGACUUAGAAAAGCUCCUCAACAUAGACAAAAGCAAGAUGUUGCAGUUCAAAGAAUAGAUUUGUUUGGUAGUGAUCCUCUGGGAAUAUUCACCAAUAAAUCCAAUUUGAAAGAGGUUCCAGGAAAUACAAUGUGGAAGAAGCUCUGGGAAAGAGAUUUGAAACUAGCUGUUACCCAUCCUCCUUCAAAUCAUUUUCAGCAGAUGAUUUUGUGGACUGAACAAGGAAAGCUCUGGAAAUUUCCCAUAGAUAAUGAACAAGAUUUAGAAGAAGAAAGGACAGUGUCUUUUGCUGAGCAUGUAUUUCUGGAGGAACACUUGGAGCCAUGGUGUCCUCCCAGAGGCCCUAUCAGACAUUUCAUGGAGUUAGUUUGUGUGGGGCUUUCAAAGAACUCCUACCUGACUGUGCAGGCAAAAAAGGACCACAUUGAUUGGUUCAAGAACUACUUUGAAGAUAAGAAACAAUUGCUGCAAGAGGUUGGAGCUCUUCCAACAGAGUCCCAAAAACAGGUUGAAUAA